UGGAUUUAAGUGGAAGCAGGAUUUGGCCUUGACUAUAACUGGGAUUGUCCCCCACCCCUUUGUAGGAAGUGUCACCGCAGCAGCCUUCCCUUUCCCCUAUAUUAUGCGGAGUUUCUAAACCCGCUCUGCUUUGGGGGGUGCCGGUGUGUUAGGGCUAGUGGAAGUCACUUUUUUUCCACAGUGAAAAAGCUGGUCUUUUAUGUAGUCUGUUCACUUUUUUUUUAUCUGAGACUUUUUUUUUAAUCCUUGGUUUACUUCUUUCCAAAACUAGCACCCCAGAUUGUGAUCCUCUAAAUUUUGGGCAGGGAGGGAAUAAUCCACUUGUAAGAUCUGAUCCCAAAGGUUUAAAAAUGUGUUUAAAUGGAGAUGAUCCAGGACGUAUCUGUAAAAGGGAUCUGUGGAAUUUAAGGAAUCCUUCUCUAAGAUAACUUUGCUGCUGUUCCGGACCUUCCUUCUCAGUAUUGUGAUGGUUUCAAUUGAAGUACAUUUCUGAAGAAACUGACCAGAAUAGGAGUCUUAUUUUUUUAAAAUGUUCAAAAUUCAGCAAUGUGUAACAGCUAACAGGAUACCCAGGAAAAGGCCAUAUAGAUGUGACAUCUGCUAUAAACAAUUUGAAACACCAUCAAAAUUAGCUAGGCAUUAUCUUAUACACACUGGUCAAAAGCCAUUUGAAUGUCAUGUAUGUCAUAAAACUUUUAGACAGCUAGUCCAUUUGGAAAGACAUCAGCUAACCCAUAAACUUCCUUUUAAAUGUAACAUUUGCCAUAGGAACUUCAAAAAUUUAAUUACUUUCUUAAAGCAUCAACAGCUUCAUAAUGAAAACUACCAGAGUGAUAUUAAGCAAGCUAAAAAAUCAGUGGAUGCUAAGCAAGAUAGGCAGUUGUAUGGAAUAUUUCAUUGUUCUGUUUGCCAGAAAUCUUUUACAACAGAAGAGCUGUGGAUGCUGCAUCAGUGCACAAAGUCAGAUCAUCUGCACAGUGCCAGGAGGAGAAAGAAAACUCAUAUGUGUGAAACAUGUAACAAGAUGUUUCCAUCACGAUCUAAGCUGGAAAGACACUUGCUGAUUCACACUGGCCAGAAACCUUUUAAAUGUUCCUUGUGUGGGAAAUCUUUCAGGCAGUCAACACAUUUGAAAAUCCAUCAGCUCACACACACAGAAGAGAGGCCUUUUCAGUGUUGUUUUUGUCAGAAGGGAUUUAAGAUGCAGAGCAAACUCCUGAAGCACAAGCAACUCCAUGUCAGAAAUAAGUCUCUUCCCAGAGUCCUUUACAGAGCAAAGACUUCUAAAUAUCCUAGACCUCAGAACUCGCUGGAAGGAAAAAGGGAUAAUUUUGAGAAUGUUGAUACUUAUGAGCCCCUGGAGAAUGAUCCACUUGAUGUUCACUCUAUUUAUAUUGUACCUUUUCAGUGCCCAGUGUGCGAGCAGUGUUUUGAAACAGAGCGGGUUCUAAAUUUGCACAAAUGUUUUUACCUGAGAGAUGGCAAAAAUUCAAACAGUGGCAAAUCAGCCUACAGCCACAAAGCCAACAUUAAAAGUAAAGUCCUGAUGAAACUCAAACAUGCUGGAGAAAAGGCAUCAGAUUCAUCUCAGUCUGACAGAAAAAAAAAUAAAACAAGUCACUUUAAAAGUCAUGACCUGUUUGCAUCUAAUGAGCAGCAUUCUGAUUGGAAUGCUUCGCCUAAAACUUUUAAGAAUUAUCAUAGCAAGCUUGUCAGGCACAAGACAAUUAGCAAUAAAAAGAAAAGGACAUUUGUCAUGCCAUUUUCCUGGCAAGAGCACCUACAAAAGCACAAAUUAGAAAUUAAUUUAAAUGGUAUAAUUACUGGUGAAAGCAUGUUAAACAUGGAUGAUUCGGUUCAUAAUAAAGAUGACUCACUUUAUGGUUCAUUGGAUGCUGAUUUCUUUGAUAAUCCAGAAGCAGCACUUCACUGUGCUUUUUCAGCUCCUCCUAAAAAUAUACAUAAUAGACACAAAGUGUGUAAAUGUGACAGAUGUGAAAAAAUCUUUCCUUCUUCAUCCAAACUUCAAAGACAUUAUCUUAUUCACACGGGACAGAAGCCCUUUGGCUGUAAUGUUUGUGGGAAGACAUUUAGACAGUCAGCUCACUUAAAAAGACACCAGCUCACCCAUACUGAAAAGACACCAUAUAAAAGCCCUGUUUGCCAGGUGGAAUUUGAAAAUCUGAACAAACUUUUUAGUCAUCAGGGAGAUCACAUUGAAUUUGAGUCUUCUCAGCCUGUGGGUUAUUCCAAAAGACCUUCACAGGCAUCUGGCUUUCCAGAAUUUGAGCUGAUUCAGUCAAAUCAAGCAGGUGAAAUCAAAGUUGAGCUAGACUCUGGGGACUUUGUUCUUGGCACCAGCAGUAGAAACACACUGCCGUAUUUGUGUAGUAAAUCGUUGGAAACGGAGCAAAGCCAUUACAGUCACUGGUAUGAUUUUUCUGGAGGUAUGGAAAAAAGUGAAGCUAUUAAAAAGUUUUAUCAGUGCAGUGUCUGCUUUAAAACUUUCAAAUCACCUUCCAAACUUGAAAGGCACUAUUUAAUGCAUGCUGGACAGAAGCCAUUUGAAUGUUCAGUUUGUGGUAAAACUUUCAGACAGGCCCCACAUUUGAAAAGGCAUCACCUUACUCACUUUAAAAAGAAAUCCUAAAGAUAAAAUGGCUGGCAGAGUUCCACUGAGUGGAAUAACAAACACUAGAAGGUAUUUUGUGUUCAACAAAAGUGGAUGGUGUCCAAUGAGGUUGUUUGUUUGUUUUUAAAGUCUAAAACUUCUAGAUUACAUAAUUAUGAACAGGCUUACAUUAGAUUGACUGGAAAGCUACUACUUAUGUUAAAGAGAUGACCUGAAGAAAGGUUAAUAUACUGUUUUCAGACUGUCUACUUAUAUAUUUUGUGAUGUAUAAGGGUUGAUGUUUGAAAACUUCCAGAAAUGUUUUUUUUAAUUGUGAAUACAUGUAGUUAUUGCAUAAAAGUGUUUCAGCAAUCUGUAGUGCAAUAUAAAUCACAUGUUUAAAAGUUGUGCCUCUUCCCCAGCCAGAGGAGUUAUUUCAUGACAAUAUGCUUUCUGACUGCACCUGCCAAAAAGCAAAUGUAAAAAGACUGUCCUUGAUCCACUUCACUUUGUCUCCAGGUAUGUAGAAAGCAUAAGAUGCAUGCUGUGCCUGGUCGAUAGUAUUUUUCUUAUGCUCCUGUUUGUUCUGCAGAUCAGGUAAUACAAGAGAAAAAGAAAGGAGUUGGAAAAGGAAGAAGUGGAGGAGAAAGCCCAGAGGGAAAAAUAACUUCCACAACAGUAACACAAGAUUAAUAGAGAUAAUAGUUACCUGCUUUAAGAUCUAUGGAUGAAGAGUGCUAUGUAAUAGCUAGGUAUUGAACCUAUGCACAUUAAAAUAACAAAGUGUUCCUGAGUCAGUACAGUCCUCUUAACCUCAUUUGACUCUUCCAGUUUUGUUCCCUGCCUCUUCUAGCUUUUUGGGUCAGUCCACACAAUAUUCAAAUGUUGUUCUGCAAGAGAAGUGGAUGAGACUCUUUGGUGGUGGUUUUUUUCUUUUUUCUUUUUUUUCCCCCUCUUCUCAUGUAAUGAUGUCAUUAAUGUGUCCCCUUUCCACUCAGCCACCUUGUAUCCUUAGUUCUUCUGCAAGGCCAAAAUUCUGAGUAACAGCCUCCUUGUUUCCUGGUAGUGCACACUGCACAAGUUAAGGAAAUAUUCCUUAGGAUGGGAUAAGAUGAUAACUGAAAACAAUGUUCGGAAGUCCUAUUCCUUUAUAACAUGAAAUAAUGGGAUUGUAAAUGACAACUAGCUCCUAUUAAGUAAAUCCAUUUUUGUAUUAUUAAAAGCUGUAGUUACAGUAUGAAUUUUCUGGUAAGUGUUGGGAUAUGCCCACUUUUUCCCUUACGCUGAAAGAAUGCAUAAGCAAAAAUAAUUAUGGACAUGCUGGGGAAAGACUGAGAACUCGUAGAUAAGAAUGAAGUUAGUUUUUUUUCCCCCUCAGAAAGAAAAGCUGCCAGCUAAAGUGUGUCUUUGUUGUGUAACUUCUCAAUGCUUGAACCCUAAAGUUUCCAACUAACAGAAGAUUGGUGAGAUUCUUUUCAUUGUUUAAGUAGAUCCAGAUGUAUUUAAAUGAACUCUUUUUUACUUAUAUUUGCAGUCUUUCAAGUGAUUAACCUAAGUCUGACAAUGGCAUAAGCUAUAUAAUAUUUGGUAUGAAUGAAGUGAGGAUUUCCUCCUAUCUGGAGAUUGUCUGUCUCCCUUAUGUGAGAGAGUAAAACAUAGAAAAAUGGUCUUGCUGGUAUGAUCUCAUACUUGGCUAUUGGUUAUACUUUUAGACUUUUUUUUUCUCCUCUCCUGUCCCUCCCCCCACAUUCUGUCAGGUUGUUUUGUAUUAAAAGACAGAAUACCGUAAAAAGUGUUUUGAGGUGUGCUGUAGAGCUCUUUUGAAAUACCUGUAACAAAUCUUUUUAUUUAUGUAGUACUUUUAUUGUGCACUUCAUUUGAAGACUCUAGAGGUGUGAAGACCAACUAUGUGAAAUUUGAUAUGCAGAAGGAAAAAGAUUAGAUGUCACAGUAACCAACCAUUGCCGCAUGUUAGAACAAAUAGGAUUGUUUCUGAAACCAUUUUUUCUGCUUUAUAAAAACAAUAAACUUUUCAAUACAUAUUUA